AUGGCUGGCAAAUUGGAUUUAAUUAGCAUUUGUCCUUGCUAUAAAGCUGCUAAAAGGCCAAUUACUUCAAGACUCAAAGAUCGAUGACGUGCAUUAGUUCACAUAAUAAAUGCUAAAUAUUUAGACACAACAAAUUCCAAUAAAGAAAAGCUAGCCACACAUGAGUUAAUUCUAUCUCAGGUGAUGCUAAUAUACGAGGAUGAAGACGUUAUAGAAGAUUUGCACAUGGUUUAUAUGAUAAACCACAGUCUCAUCGAGCAAUACCUACCACAAAUAUGCAGCUAUAUUUCGUUUUCUAUAUCAGAUUUCUCAAGAAGAUUACUAAAUGAGUUUUUACUGGCAAAAUGCAAGCAGAGCACUUCUUUUGCCCAUGCAGUUUACUGGCAGUUCAUGAAUCAAAUUAACCCUCGUUUGAGAUCUAGUUCACGAAUUAUUGCCAUAGCAAACAAAGUUUCAACAGCCUCUUCUGCAGCGUUCAAACAUCUCUCCAGUGAAGACACUGGUGGAACAGGGAACUUAGAAAGCAGAAACUUCUUUAAAACAAUUGAUUUUGUUCAAAAAUUGGUGGAUGCCUCACAAAAACUCAUUUCUGUCCCAAAAGACAUGAGAAAAAUUGCCUUGGAUAAGAUGCUCCUCGAAAUUGAUGAAGAAUUUUUACCUUCGAAAUUCAUAAGUCUGCCUUUUAAGGGACAAGAAAGAAGAUAUUUAUACAAAAUUUAUAGGGAGUAUUCAUUUCCGCUUAGCACUAAAGAAAGGGUACCUUUUCAAAUAACUAUCGGAACGAUUGAAAAUGAAGCUAAUUGAAGAUUUAACUGCAAUGAAGACCAUGAAAUUAUAGAGCAAAAGCUGAUAAAUAGAAGUUUGAAUCGAUUAAAUCUUACAGAAAUUGACCCAGAUCUACUAGAAGAUAGUGGAGUUGAUGAAGAAGAAGUGUCUCUUAUUGACAACAAAUCUGCUACACAGCCUAAAACUUGUAUUUCGUGCUUCAAGAAUAGCAAAGAGAAGCAAAAAUCUUUAUUUUAUUUAAGAAAAAAGCCAAGAGGACUAUUUGGAGAAACCUCACUGAAAGAAAUCGAAGAGCACGUUCAGCAAUCAGAGCCAGAAGUGAAGCUAAUUUCUUUAAUUAUCAAAGCUAAUGACGACAUCAGACAAGAGCAAUUUGCUUCUCAGCUUGUGUUUAUGUUCAAAACAAUUUUCUCUCAAAGUAAGCUGAAGCUAUGGGUAAGAGAUUUUCUAGUAAUUCCUGUCAGCCAAAACGGAGGAAUUAUUGAAACCAUUGAUAACGCAAUUUCAAUAGACAGGCUGAAAAAGUUUGACGAUAGCUUUGUUAGUCUUAGAACAUACUUUAUCGACACUUUUGGACCAGAAAACUCAGACCGCUUUGCAAAAGCUACUAAAAACUUUAUAGAGAGCUUAGCUGGCUAUUCAUUAUUCUGCUACUUAUUCCAAGUCAAAGACAGAAACAACGGAAAUAUCUUGAUAGAUAGUGAAGGGCAUAUAAUAGACAUAGAUUUUGGCUAUAUGCUUUCAAGGACGCCAGGAUCUGUCAAUUUUGAGUCAGCCCCAUUUAAGCUAACUGCUGAGUACUUAGAAGUCAUGGGAGGCCAAAGUUCGUGGCUUUUCUUAGAAUUCAAAAAACUUAUAAUUCAAGGCUUCUUAGCUCUGCGAGAGCAUAGGUAUAAGAUUGUGAGAUUCGUAGAAAUUUGUAUGCAGACGUCGAAACUUCAAUGCUUUGAAGAUGGGGAAGCUCUAAUAGAAGCGUUAAACGCCAGAUUUGCACCAGAAAUGAGCAAACACCAAUGCAAGCAUUUGAUGCUUUCUUUAAUAGAAAGAGCAUGUGAUAACUGGCGUACGAGAUGGUAUGAUAUUUAUCAACAAAUAUGUGUAGGAAUAUGGUACUUAAAAUUUGAAACGAGAAGAGAGUUUGGGGACCUUGUGGAAGGGUAAGGGAGUGCAACAUUCAGUGAGUGUCCAGCUGUGUUUUACUUGGCAUGAUUGAGGGCUAGUUACCACAGGUUCACAUCCUGGGCAAGGUUUUACUCCGAAGGAGGAUGGAUUUGGAAGCUGGAAAGGGAUAGCCAGCAUGGUCAGAUGGCAUUCACUUAACCAAUCAGGCAUUCUCCUAGAGCGAUACCGGGAGUUGCAGUUGCAAACAAGGGGGUGAUGCGAAACAUGAAACGUGAAAGCAAUUAGCGGGCUGGCAGGAGCUUCUCUAUAGCAAUUUAAUGAAUGAAUGUGUAGGAAUCUGGUAA